AUGUAUAUACCAAGUCGUCUCAAUCGUUUGGCCUCAACUUCAACUGUUAUGAGCUGUACUUUGGGAAAGGCAACAUGCCUAGGAAUGGAUAAGAUAUGUUCUCCUUUAUGCGACGAAGAUAUAACUCAGCGUAAGACUCAGAUUGUAUGUACAAUUGGUCCAAGUAGUUCUGAUGUGGAAACUUUAAUUGGACUAAUAGAUAGAGGAAUGAGUGUAGCUAGACUAAACUUUUCUCAUGGCAACCAUGAGAGCCACCACAAAACACUAUUGAAUAUUAGAGAAGCAGCGGCAGCUCGACCUCAUAAUACAGUGGGAAUUAUGCUUGAUACAAAGGGACCUGAAAUUAGGACUGGCAUGUUAGAAAAUGGUCAACCAAUAACUUUAAAAACAGGGCAGAUGUUAAAGAUUGUAACGAAUUACUCAUUUGUGGGGAAUUCAGAAUGCAUCUCGUGUAGUUAUAACUUGCUUCCGAAAAGUGUGCAGGUAGGAAGUAAUAUUUUGAUUGCAGAUGGUUCACUAACAGCUCAAGUAGUUGAGAUAGGGGAAGAUUAUGUCAAUACAAAAGUGAUGUGUAAUGCAACUAUUGGAGAAAGGAAGAAUAUGAAUCUACCAGGGUGUAAGGUUAAUUUACCCAUUUUAUCAGAGAAGGAUAAACAUGAUAUUGUUGAUUUUGCCUUGAAAUAUGGUCUAGAUUUUAUUGCUCUUUCUUUUGUGCAAAGUGCAGCUGAUGUUCAACUAUGUCGUCAAAUAAUUGCAGAGCAUGCUGAUUGUUCCACGAAUCCAAUACCUUUAAAAAUUAUCUCGAAAAUUGAAAAUUUAGAAGGUGUAAUAAAUUUUGACUCUAUCUGUGCAGAAUCUGAUGGGAUAAUGGUAGCGAGAGGAGACCUAGGAAUGGAAAUUCCUCCUGAAAAAAUAUUUGUAGCUCAGAAAUGUAUGAUUACUAAAUGUAACAUAGCUGGAAAGCCAGUUGUCACUGCAACACAAAUGCUAGAAAGUAUGAUCAAGAAUAACAGGCCAACUAGAGCAGAAAUGACAGAUGUUGCCAAUGCAGUACUUGAUGGAUCUGAUUGUGUAAUGCUCUCUGGAGAGACUGCCAAUGGUGCCUUCCCUCUAGAAGCAGUCAAUGUUAUGGCAAGGGUUUGUGCUCAAGCUGAGACCUGUAUUGAUUACUCUGUACUAUAUCAUGCAAUUCAUGCAUCUGUACCUAAACCUGUUGCGGUACCAGAGGCUGUAGCAUGCGCAGCAGUGGAAUCAGCACAUGAUUUAAAUGCUAAAAUUAUCAUUGUUAUUACUGAGACUGGUAAUACAGCUCAGUUAAUUUCCAAAUACAGACCUGAACAUACAAUUGUAGCUUGUACAGCUAAAGCAGAAGUAGCCAGAUCUUUGAAGAUAGCAAGAGGAGUUAAGACAUACGUUCUUAACUCAAUUUUACAUAGUGAUGGAGUUAUUUCUAAUGCUCUCUCUUUAGCAAAAGAGCAAGGCCUUAUAGAAAGUGGAGAAUUUGCAAUUGCAGUUCAUGGAGUUAAAGAAGGAUGCCCCGGUACUUGUAACCUAAUGAAAGUUGUAAAGUGUCCUUAACUUGUAUUUUAUCUUAGAGGGGAAUAUUGCAAGAGUAGUUUAGAAGAUUUUGAGGAAUUUGAUUAAAGUUUUCUUCAAUAUUAGAUUAACCCAAGUUAAUAUAGGUAUUAGAGAUUUAUCAGAGAACUAAAAUUACUUUUGCUAAAAAUACCAAUCGAUUUGAGAUUUUCACUUUCUGAAACUUGAAUUAUAUAUUCAAAUCUUUAAUUCUUGAUAUUUAUACCAAAUAUUAA